GUGGGUAGGGAACAGCAAUGGGGAAACGGGACCAAGCAGGCAAUCAGAAGGAAGAUCGGUUCACCGAUAUACACCGGACAAAGAGAAAAAUCGAAAGAGAAAGAGAGAGGCGAGUCGAUGACCGUUAUACGUCACAUCUAUGGAAGAGACUGGAAACCUUUCUGUGUAUAUACCGGCUGAUAUACCAUUGCAAUGAAGUACAGGCAAGUCAAGGCUGAAGCAAAGUCAUGAUCCGUUUCCAGUGCCUUAAAAUAUAAAGAGAGCAGAUUAAUCUUGACACAGUUUGAAUGAGGACAGGAAAAAGAGCUCACUAGUCCAGUGCACUAGUAAGAAACGUUACAGUAAAAUAGAAUGGGUGUCGAAAGCAUUUUAGCAGGAAGUUUGGCUUCAGCCACCAAUGGGCUGUCAUGGUUCUUUCCAAUUCUUGCUGCAGUACUUGUAUACUUCCAAUAUGAAGCCUUAAACGAUGAAGCGCCGCUAAUCGAUAUGCCAUCGGAAGUGCUAUUGCCUACGUAUCAUUUUAUAGUAGUAGGUGGUGGUAGCGCAGGAGCUGUAGUUGCGAAUCGUCUAUCCGAGAUCGAAGAUUGGAAUGUAUUAUUACUGGAAGCGGGUGGUGACGAAACGGAGAUCUCAGAUGUGCCUUUACUUGCCGCUUAUCUUCAGCUUAGUCAAUUGGAUUGGCAGUACAAGACGGAACCACAGGGUGAUGCCUGCUUAGCGAUGGAGAAUAAUCGUUGCAAUUGGCCACGUGGCAAGGUGAUGGGUGGCUCAUCAGUGCUGAACUAUAUGCUCUAUAUUCGUGGCAAUAUGCGUGAUUACGAUAUAUGGGAGCAGCAAGGUUGUACCGGCUGGGGUUCACCUGGCGUCUUGUACUACUUUAAAAAGAGCGAGGACAACAAAAAUCCUUAUUUGAUUCGCACUCCGUAUCACGCCAGCGAUGGAUACUUGACAGUGCAAGAGGCUCCGUGGCACACACCUCUGGCGACAGCCUUCGUUCAGGCCGGCCAAGAAAUGGGCUAUGAAAACCGUGAUAUUAACGGCAAGUACCAGACCGGCUUCAUGAUCGCCCAGGGUACCAUCAGACGUGGCAGUCGAUGUUCAAGUGCGAAAGCUUUUCUCAGGCCGGUCAGAAUGAGAAAGAAUUUGCACGUGGCAAUGCAUGCACAAGUGACUAAAGUGCUGGUGCACCCCGAAUCAAAGCGUACUUAUGGAGUAGAAUUCAUGAGAAACGGUAAGAUGUUUCGUAUACGUGCGAGCAAAGAGGUAAUUUUAUCUGCUGGCGCGAUAAAUUCACCGCAAAUUUUGAUGUUAUCCGGAAUCGGGCCAAAGGAACAUUUGCAGGAGCUUGGAAUUCCCGUGCUUCAAGAUAGCAGAGUCGGCUAUAAUCUCCAAGAUCAUGUUGGAGUAGGCGGACUCGCAUUCUUGAUCAACCAGAAAAUAUCUAUAGUGCAGAAUCGAUUACAAAAUAUACAAACAGCAAUGCAAUAUGCUAUUCUGGGUGACGGGCCCUUGACGAUAUUAGGCGGUGUGGAAGGUGUUGCUUUCGUAAACACCAAAUACAUGAAUGCCUCGCUAGAUUUUCCCGAUAUUGAGCUGCAUUUCGUCUCUGGCUCGACUAACUCGGAUAGCGGUGUGCAAAUUAGAAAGGUACAUGGCUUAACGAAGAAAUUUUACGAUGCAGUUUUUGGGCCGAUCAAUGACAAGGAUACUUGGAGCGUGAUUCCUAUGUUGCUGCGUCCAAAAAGUCGUGGGAUGAUCAAACUACGCAGCACGAAUCCGUUUGAUCACCCCCUCAUCUAUCCGAACUAUUUUAAAGAGCCGGAAGACAUGGCCACAUUGAUCGAAGGAGUAAAGAUCAGCGUGGCUCUGAGCAGAACCAAUGCCUUCAAACGAUUCGGAAGCGAAUUAAACCCGCGGCAGUUUCCAGGAUGUGAACACAUCCCCAUGUUCACCGAUCAGUAUUGGGAAUGCAUGAUCAGAUACUAUAGCGUAACUAUUUAUCACCCCGUUGGCACUUGCAAAAUGGGACCUUAUACAGACCCUGAAGCCGUUGUUGAUCCACAGCUCAGGGUCUACGGUGUGGCUGGGCUUCGCGUAAUCGAUGCCUCGAUCAUGCCGAAUCUUGUGAGUGGAAAUACAAACGCACCGGUAAUCAUGAUUGGCGAAAAAGGCGCAGACAUGAUUAAAGAAUAUUGGUUGAAACAGAAGAUGUUUAAUAAAUGAUAAAAUAUCUUAAGAUUACUUAUCGAAUGCGUGCGCUUGUAUUAAGUCA